CUGCCCCGCUGCAAUAAAGGCAGAUAGCUGACCAUGGGGAGCAGGGGAAAACUUUUUAUACUGACAUGGUAGCGCAAUGAAUUUUGAGUAACAUCUAACUGGGACGAGGCUCCCGGCGUGAGGAGGACAGGGCUGUGUACGGGAAGAAAAAAGGAGCACUUGCCAUCUGCCGGGUUACGGGAACGAAAAGCAAGACGGCAAAAUAGUUGAGACCAGUCCAAGAAUCAGCGGUGGAAAAUCCAGUUUAGCCAUUUGAAUUGAAAGAUGAGCUUGUUGUCUGCCAUAGACACGAGUGCCUCCGUGUACCAACCCGCGCAACUUCUCAACUGGGUCUAUCUUUCCUUACAAGACCCCCACCAGACAAGCGCCUUUGACGCAUUCAGACCCGAACCCAACUCUUCCCACCCGGAUCUCAAUUUCAGCAAGACUCCCGCAGCGGCGGACUUGAGCUCUUCCCUGAACUCCAACUAUCUCAACAACUUCUUUCAGCUGCAGCGGAAUGAGGCCUUAAACAACAACGUGUAUAAGAAUGUGUCACCCUAUGGCUCCCUGAACAACAUCGUAGAUGGACUCAACUCCCUGACGGACCAUUUCUCAGACCUUUCCCUUUCUUCAGAGCCAAGAAAACCCAACAAAAGACCUCCACCCAACUACUUGUGCCAUCUGUGCUUCAACAAGGGCCAUUACAUCAAAGACUGCCCUCAGGUGAGGCUUGUAACAUGCAUACAUUACAUAAUCUUGUCUUCAGAUGAAACAAAUAUUUUAUAUUGUUGGGUGUACAUACCCUAUUGUUUGAUUAUUAACUUGUGUUUUGCAUUGCAAUAACUGUGUGUCUUUAGACUUCUUCGGUGUCUUUUCAUUUGAUUCAUACAAGCCAAUGACUGAUGGCUCUAAAAGCUGUGCUUGCUCCAGCCAAUGCCUGUCUCUCUGUCUUUCUUUCCCUCUCUCUCUCUUUGGCUCUGAUUUGACCUACUUGUUAAACAGGCUGGCCUCUGUCUUCUGUAGUCAUGUGUGUGAAAGUGUGUUUACGUGUGCUUGUGUGCAUCUUAACUGCCACAUCAUUACACUACAAGAAACUGUCCGUUAUAACCAUGAUAAAUGAACGUGUUGGACUAAUUCAAGGUGAAACUGUCUCUCUUUGCAUUUGAAUGAGCAUGUUAGCCAUGUUAGCAUGAGCCACAAAGUCAAAGUUGCAUUCGUCUGCCUUCAAAUUUCCUACAGAUUGAGUCUGUUAUGAUGCAGGGAUUUUGGGUAAAUCCACCUUUAGGUCUAGGAUGGAGGUUAUGUGUGACUAAUAGGGUCUCAGCUGCUGUCAUCUCCCAAGAUCUAAACUCAUUUUGGUGAACACCAGGAUAAAUUUAGGUUUUAAAUGAUCCCUGCCCUUACUUUAAAAUACAUACAAAUGAGAGGAAAACUUAGGAGUUACACAUAUUGUGUUCAUGCAUGGUAACUAUAGCAAAAGUGAAGAGAUAUUUUGUGGAGUUUGCAGGAGUUGUUGAGAAAAGAAUGGACUAUGAAAUUGCUGUGGUGGAUCUGUCAUUGUGGUGUUAUAUAGCGCCUUGUAAAGGCAAACUCCAUGGCUGGGACUGCGGCCUGGAAGUGAUCUAAUUUCAUAAGAGGAACACAAUGUCACUUUCCCUUGGAUUUGUGAAAUAUUUACAUACAGGUUUUUGUUUUUGGACUCAUGUUGCCUAAUAAUCUCUCUCCUCUCUAUGUCUUUAUUUUACCUCUCCCAUUAUUUUUCCUCUCCCUUUCCCUGGGUGAGGUGCAACAGCCUAACCCCAGCCCUGCGUUUCUUUUGCAUGGAAUGGUAAUGAGGAGCAGAUGUGAGAUUAAAAUGCUUUGACUCGCUUUAUGACAUAUGAUGACUAGUCUCGGGAGGUCUGUAAAAGACCUGUAUACUGAUGAAAUAUCUCCUGGACAGCUACAAAAUGCAAUGUGUGGGAAUUAGAUCAUCUAUUGACAACUCCGAUGAGACUUUUGAGUCGUGGUAUAUCAUGCAACAAGUAACUUCUACCUUCAUUCUUCCUGUAAGUAGUGCUGUAGUUGCUGGUGUGAGUAGUGAUCAAAUGAUGCUGAUACUCCACAUAGGAGCAGUUGUGCAUCAAGUAAUACAUAAUCUAGUAUGUUUAUUACUUUUUCCAUAUGUCCGCAUUUCUAAACCAUAUGCUGUGUAUAUUUAAACAUCUUCAGUGUACCAUUUUAAAAGAUUUAAAAAAUGUUUAAAAUGGUGCUUUAUUAAACUAAACUCCUUUGGCAAUAGAAGCUGUAAAAUCGAUCUAGUUAUAGAUGUAAGCAUUCAGGGGGGACCUCAAAAUCACACAUAGCUAUCUUCUGUUUUAUAUUUCAGUGGUUCGUUAAACUGCCAACAGUAACUCAGAAAGCAGCAAAGUCUCCAAACGGCCUCCGCACCUACACAGUUCAACCCCAUCUCAGUUAUUUAGGUCUCUCCUGGGCUUUUCUCUCCAUAAAUUUACCUUCCUUUUGUGCUACAUCACUUACACUAUUGCCCAGUCACCUGUCAUUGUGUGCCAAUGAUAGCUGAGCCUUACCCAACCAGCUGAAGACCCAAAUAACAGAUGUGACACACAUCUUGCAAUAGUAACAUGAGUUUUUAAUGGCAAGUGUUCAGCUUCACCAUUAGCCAAGACAGGUGUCAUUUUCCGAACAAUAUUUCCUUGUCCUACAUUAUUGUUACUCUGUUUCAGGAGGUGCAGGGAUCAGUUGUGUGCCCAUGGAGUUUCUGGUGUCUCCCUGCACUGGAAUGCAUUUAAGGAUAAAUGUGUCACUAAUAGUCUGUCCUGUCCAGAGGUGCUUUGCCAAAAAAAACAGAGGCUUUUGCUUCACAGUGCUAUGAGUAUAUGUCAUCCAGGUCCAGCAAAGAAUCCCAUUCUGAUGCCAUGUACAGUACAGUCUUCCUCUUCUACUUCACCUCACUGUGUUUUAUUGUGUUCUUUUGUGCUGUGACUUCUAUUACUGAGUUUAGGUAAGGGUAACGUUUGUAUGUUAAAAUGGACUGAAUAUCACAUGACACACGUUUGUGUUCUUUUUAUUUAAAUGCCAAGGCUAGUGAUAUUCUGCAUUUGUUUUUUGUCAACAAAUCCCAUGAAAAGACCAAAAAUAACAAUGAACUGAUACUAACAACACUUUAUAUAAAGCCUGAUAUAGCUUAUUCUUCUGUGGUGGAGACCUCCAUUGUUGUCCAAAAAACCUUUAAAAGCACAUUAAUGAACCUUACUGUUCCAAUGUAUGUUCCUUCAUUCUGAUGGACACUGAGCACUGUAGUUUUUUUUAACCUUAAGAUGCCUUGCUGCUGUAAUUACUAAUUAGAGCACCAAAUGUGUGCUAAUCCACAGCUGCAAAUAGUCCAAACAAAUGUACUAUCCACAAGUUAUGUUUGCUAAAAACUAAAGCGCACAAUUGCUUUUGGAAAUAACUCUUUUUUUAAAUGAAAUUGUGUAUUUGUGUCCUGUGUUUAAAAUUUACUUUAGUGGCAACCAAUUGACAGACAGGGUGGGUCAGAAAACACUGAGAGACGAGCUAAUGCAUUUUUGGUUUUAGUCUUUUUAUAGGAUAUGUUGAUAAAAACAAAACUAUAGAAUAACACUUUAUUUAAAUAGUACACCAAGGGCGUAACCAUGGUAUCUACCUUGGGGGGACAUACAAAUGAGAGUCCUCAUCCAGAAUUUAAAAACUGCAUUUCUCACAAUUCUGAUAUUUAUAUAUGAAAAUUCACACACUAAGAACUACAUUGACCAUUUCAAUUCACAUUUAAACGACUUGUCUGCGAUUUCUCCAAGAUAGUGAGUGCCUCCCCCUCCAUUUGUUUUGGUCAGCUGCUUACUGUGUACUGACUUUUAAUACACCUACCAAGUAGACAAUUGUUUGACCAGAUAUCAUAAUUUUACCAGAAGAACAAUGACUGACUUUAAUGGUCAUUUUAAUUUGAAAAUUCUGUUUUUUUUUACUAUUAGUUUUACUUAUAUAUUAUAUUGUUAUACAUUUUAUAUUAUUAGUUGGUGGUUUCCCUAUUCUUUGCAUUGCUUGGUUCUGAGAGAAUAGUGGCUUGGCAAUUAAAUAUUUGAGGUUACAAAAGUGUUUAUGCAUUACUUAAAAUUUAAAACCUUUUUUUGUUCUAACAUGUUAAUAUUGGAAUCACACAGAAUAGACUUGUGGCUGUGCUGAUAGAAUUAUAUUAUUUUUCAUGGAACUCUUGGUAGUUAAGAGAAAGCCACAGGCCUGGCAGCAGCUGCCCGGUGCUCCCUGUCAUGGGGACAGAGGUGUUAUGUAAACUGGCUUUUAUUCGGAAAAUGAGGUCGCUCCCCCAGUUAUGAGCAGAAUGCCCCUCACUGCCAUGCUCUGGCCCCUGUCCAAGAUGUCUUCCACUUGCACUCAUGAUUUGGUUCUGUUCAGUGGACUAAUCCUCUGAACAGUUGACUCCACCUCUGAUUUGAGUAAUCAAAAUUAUGCAUUGAAUGACAGCUUCUUGCUAUGUCUCCCUGUAGAAAGAUUCAUGGAAAAUCUCUUUGCUGGAAUGCAGGUUUGUGGGUAUGUGGGGGUGGCUGCUGCUGCUGCUGCUGCUGCUGCUGCUGCUUCUGCUGCUGUUGCUGUGUGCUGGUGUGUGUGUGUGUGUUUUAUGUCCGUCUCAGAGCCUCCUGAGUUACUAUGCCCCAUUCCUGGUCCCAGUGCAUUCCCCUGAUUCAGUCUGUCAGAAUUAUCGUUUCCUGGGCAUGUUUUUUUUUUGUUCUUCUGGAAAAAGAUUUCUGAUUUUUGAAAGGUAGAAUAUUUAAUUUAUAAAAAUAACUGACAUAACAUUCAUGACUACACCUGUUUUCAACUUUUUGCCUAUUUCAAAAAGGUGGUUUCAAAUCUUAGAAGUAUUUAUAAGAUAAAUCUUAAUAAAGUAACCCAAAGCUGUCAUCUUA